UUUAAUGCUGGGAGGAGUCACACCAACCUGGCAACCCAGACCGCCGCUUUGUUAACACUUCAUAGAGCCAAGAUGGCAGACUUCGAGGAGAUCAGCGAUGAAGAAAAGGUAAAACAUUUCAAAUAGAUUCUGUUACUCUCUCUAUAUAUAUUGUAGCUGUUUGUUGAAGUAUCCCUGCUCUCGUUUCGUUUCUUGUUUUUGUUAAAGCCUGAAUGAAGCGGACCGUGUUGGAGUCUGCUGCGGUGGAGCUAGCUAAGCCAGUGUUGUAUUUGACAGCUGAGAGUUUUUCUCAUUUUGUUCCUGUGAAAUAAUAAAUAAUCUUUGUAAGCUAAUAAAGACUUGUUAGCGCAGACUAUUGAAACAUUUCACAUGCGUACAGUUGAGCUGAAUGUCUUAUUUAUCCUGAAUAUGAGUUUAGGAAUGAUUGAUGAAUGUUAGCGAAAGCUGCAUGAAAGGAAGUGGAGCUACUUCCUGCAUUUACAGUAAGAGAAAAUGACAGUGCAGCAUAACACCACUCACACCCAGUCCCUGUGUUUAAAUACUGGUGACUUCACAUGUUUCUGUUACAUGAAGCUGGAAGUGUUGCUCGAAGUAAUAUGUAUUUACCAGGACAUGGUUUUAGUGAGUGUAGCUGCAGGCUCUGAGGACAUAUUUAGUCUCUGUCUGUCUGUCUGCAGAGAUAUGUGGACUUGCAGUGGCCUGUGUUCCUCCUCUGCUUCAUGCUGCUACAUGUUGUAAAAUACUGCUUUGCAUUCCUGAUGGUGUGGCCAAGAGCUUCCACCUCUCAGCCAUUAUCUCUGCAGAUUUAAAUAGAAGUGGGGUGUUGUAAAAGGACUGGAUUCUUGUCUUUACUCAGGGGUGGGGACCACAGGGUGACUCAGGAUCUGAUGUGAUAUGACCCUAGCCUGAUGUAUUUUCACGAUACUGUAGUCCUGAAUUGCAAGAUAAUCUGAUAAUACUACAUCACAAAAUCUGAUCAAUGCAGGAUCACAAAAAACCUUUAAGUGCAGGAUUAAUGUCAGUACGGAUGGCACUAAGGGUGGUGAAGUAGAGUCACAUUUAACUCUAGAACACUAUCACUAAAAGUAGUAACACUAUCACUAUCGCCAGGUGAUUUUUACCCGAAAAAGUACUUGUCAUCCAAAUAAUAUAAAAAUAGGACAAUACAUGACAAAUUCAAGUAGGUGGGAAAAAAAGGAGCCAUGAGGGGACCAUAUAAAAAUGCAACAAAAUAACUGAAAUAAGGCAUUCAUCAACAAAAAAAAUCCUAAAAAAAAAAAAAUAUAUAUAUAUAUAUAUUAAUAAGUGACCAGCUGACUCAAAUAUUUCUUAUCACCACAUGAAUUACCUUGAAAAUCACGACUUUGUGAUAGUUAUUCAUAACCACUGUGCUAAAUAAAGAUAGCAUGCAAAUUCCAGGACCACUCCUAUUGAACUUAUUCCCUACAUGCAGCUAUCAAAUCCACCCAAACCUACUUUACCCUCUAUCACUAAAAUCACCCUGUGAACACGUGUCUGUAGGAAAAAGCAGGUUUUGGAUCAGGGAAACAAAUAUGCCUUCAAAGAUGUCAAAGGAAAUACUGAAGCUACCCAGAGACCCAUGAUACUCAGACAAAUGCAACAUCAUGAAAAUCACAUAGUGAUAGUGUUCUAGGAUUAAAAGAGAAAUCUAUUCUGUGCGGCCUCUUUUUUUCAUGUAUUGAUAUUAUGGUUAUGGAUAAUGAGACACUGCUGUCUCUGUCUGAUGUUUCAUCCACGCUCCUACUACCUACUGAGUGUCUGUUAGAGAUAAGUUGAAAGUGCUGAACCCAGAGCUGAGCUUUAGAGUGCUCUCCCAGCUCUGAAUGGAGUGACUAUUCAGAUCACAGUUAAACUGGGUUACUCAUUGUUAUGCCCCUCUGCCCUUUCAGCCGGACAGCCCAUUUGUAGGUCACCGCCAGCUGCAGCCUGCAGGCUAAAAGCCCUGUCUGCCUGACAGGCGCCAUCACUGGCACAAAUACACUUAAUCGUGACACUGGCAUUAUGGUUAAAGCUCCAGAGGCCGCACACAGGAGAAUAUUCACACUUUUUUGCUGACUGAAAACUUCCGCAGGGUUUCACUUGCAAAUAUCUAAGUAACAUGCAAAACAGCAGUUCUUAUUGAGCGUCUGCAUCAGAGCGUUACCUGCCUGAACUGCUGCACUCUGAGCUUUGACACCACAUGCUUACACUUGCAAACUGGCUGCUAAGAAAAGCCCUGGGGAGACAUACCCAACCUUCCAUCUGAGGAGCGGCCAAAAUAAAGUAAUGAAGCCUGCAGCCAAGAAAGUUAGCUGACUGCUCUCUGCCUCACUCUAGUGGCUGAGUUCACGUUUUUGCAGAAGUUACUUACAUGUUUGAAAAAACAAAAGAAGAAUGGUUCGAUUAGUCAGAGAUAAUUUCAUGAUUAUUUGAGUUUAUUAAAUAAGAUUUUUGUUUGUAGGUCCGGAUUGCAGCGAACUUUGUGCUGCAUGCUCCUCCAGGAGAGUUCAAUGAAGUCUUUAAUGGUGAGUCUCAUCCUUGUUUAACACCUUAAAACCUUUUAAAGUGGAUAGAGACACCUAACUCAUGCUGUUAUUUACUCGUCUUUACAGAUGUGCGAAUACUGCUCAACAAUGAUAAACUCCUCAGAGAGGGAGCCGCCCAGUAAGUCAAAGUUCCUUCAUUUUCUGAAUAUAUUUGUAAAAUCUUGAUGUUCUGGAUGUACGGUCAUGCUGUUAUAUUCUUUUUUAUUUACAGCGCCUUCGCUCAGUACAACAUGGACCAGUUCACUCUUGCCAAACUCGAAGGAUAUGACGAUCAGGUAGGCCUGUCGUCUCAAAAACCUUUAUAUUACUUCAUCUUCUCUUUGAAACCAUCUGAUCUGCAUCUGUUACAUUAUUUCUCUGGUAGGUCCUGAUCACAGAGCACGGAGACCUGGGUAACGGCCGCUUCUUUGACCCUCACAACAAAGUCUCCUUUAAGUUUGACCACCUGAGAAAGGAAGCCAGCGACCCCCAGCCGCACGAGGGCGAGUCAUCCCUCAGGUCAUGGAGAGACGCCUGCGAUUCUGCGCUGAGGGCCUACGUCAAGGACCACUAUCCGAGUGGAGUCUGCACUGUAAGAUCUGAACCUGAGACCGCUGCUGCCGUUUUCAGAAUCACAGCAGUCGAAUCAGCAGCUUACUUUUGUUUGAUCUGCUUCAGGUUUAUGGGAAAACAAUCGAUGGGCAGCAGACUAUUAUCGCCUGUAUUGAGGGUCAUCAGUUUGAGCCUAAAAACUUCUGGUAUGUUACUUCCCACAGACAUGUUAUGAAUCAGUUUACAAACUCAAGGAAGUGUGUAAGGACUCACUCUUCUCCUUCCUCCGUUUACAGGAACGGUCGCUGCAGAUCUGAGUGGAAGUUCAGUGUCUCACAGUCUACAGCUCAGGUGGUUGGAGUCAUGAAGAUUCAGGUAUGCCGGGGAAUUAACACCUAAUUAUGAGCUUAAUUUAAGGGUUUCGUUUCAACAUUAUUAUUCCUCCUGUCUUUUCCAGGUACAUUAUUAUGAGGACGGGAAUGUGCAGCUGGUCAGCCAUAAAGAUGUGCAGGAAUCGCUCACUGUGUCUGUGAGUAGUUAACUUUUAGAUUUUCUAUUUGAAACCAGAAGAAAAUCAUUGACUGGUCUUGUUAAAGUAUAUUAUUUAUGUAUUUUGAUGCGUACUUGUUGAUUUAGUCUGAUAACACACAUGUAUGUUUCGGCAGAGUGAGUCCCAGACUGCAAAGGAGUUUGUGAAAAUUAUCGAGGAUGCAGAGAACGAUUACCAGGUACCCUGGAAACAACAACAACCGAUUUAAGCUUUCCUCUUAUUCUUCCUUUUUUUAACUUAAAUUUAUUAAAGCCUUAUUGAAACUGAAAUCUCUUUAACUGGAGGUCUCUGGCCAAGAGACAAAGCUAUAGACGUACGUUACAAGUCAAUACACAUGAAAAUAUGACAAAAAGUCAACAGUCUAAGCAUCUACAACCAGAUGCAUCUUAGUCCAACUCAAGCUAACUGUAAAAGAAUAUUUAAUGAGCCAUGUUUACAAUGCUGCUAUUAGAUAUAAAAAAUAAAGAGAAAAAUCCUGAAAAUAUCGGCACAUGAAGCUGUCUGAGAUCACAAGUAUCCUCUUUAAUAUUGCUGAAAUCAAAAUACACAGUAUUAAAGUAAGCCCAGGUUUAAAAAAGAGGAAAACAAAAUCAGAAUAGUGCAAAUAUCCAAAAUAUAUGAUAAUCUGUUCACAUAAGUACUAUAUUGUAGAUGCUACAUUUCCAUUCAUAUGCCUGCUAUCAGGGUCAGGUCUCUUGAGAGUAUUGAUCUUAAAGGUACAGUGUAGAAUACAGCAAAAAUGACUCGAUAGAAAUUCAAUAUAAGGUGCAUAAGUGCAUCAAAAUUAGUGUAUAUAUCAUUAAAUCUGAACCUUGAAUGAGCUUUUUAUAUCCACAGAGGAGUGGGCCUGUGCAAGAGCACCACCAUCUUGCAGCUCCAUGUUUAUACACAGACAAACCAGGAACAAACUGGUUUUUGUCUUUAGUGAGUGGCUGUUUAAAAUGCACAGCUCUGAAGAUGAAGAAGAAGAAUAUUUGGUGGUUAAAACUUGACACAAGGAGGUUCAUACUUAUGUAUGACAGGAGCUGCUUGUCCUUGAAGGCCGCCUUAGCUUCUCUAACAAGCGAGUGUUUUAAUCUGAAAUCGAACCUCUAGAAAUUGCUAAAUAUUCCCUUUUCCACACACCGUACCUUCAGUUUGACAUCGACUCAUUUAAUAAGAAAAAAUUAAAACCAUUUCAGUGAACAUUAAUGCAGUACAUUUCAUAAGAACUUUGCCGUCAUCUCUGUUAAAAUAGAUGGUAUCUAAUCAAAGCGUACCUGACUGACUCCUGUGUUUGUCUUCCUUCAGGUGGCGAUCAGCGAGAACUAUCAGACCAUGUCCGACACCACCUUCAAAGCCUUACGCAGACAGCUGCCGGUCACCCGCACCAAGAUCGACUGGAACAAGAUCCUCAGUUACAAGAUUGGCAAAGAGAUGCAGGGCUCUUAGAGGACAGUCACUGUUGGCUUUCACAACACAGACAACAAAAAAGGAGAGACGCCGAUGCUCGUGCAAACAUGUGAUGCAACAUAAAGUACUGUAUGUCCUUCUAAAAAAAGAGACAUUUUGGUUUCGUUCCAGAGAGUGAGAGCUUCUAACAUGCAUUAGACCGGAGUGUGUUCAGUUUGAAAUGACAUUGGGUGGUGUAAUGUUCGUUUAUUCGCAAACAUAUAUAAUUUUCUAACAAAUAAUGCCUUUCGUGACUCUGUGGAAGUCUGGGUUGUUACCUGUUAUUCACAUAUUCUAAAAGUUUCUCGACCUUCAGUGCUUCUAAUGGACUCGAGACCUCCAAACCUUGACUUUCUUGUAGCAACUAACCUACCCUCUCUGUGUAACAUAAUUGAUUUUCUUUAAGAGCUUCCAUUACCUCUAUAAGUUUUUAUGAACAGAGGGCAAAUACUAAAUGCAAUUGAAUAUGUUUACUGACCAUAGAGAGACUUUACAGCACCAUAUUAAAAGUUUUUAUUUUAGUCUUAAGAUUUAUGCAUCCCUCUGGACGCUGGGUUUUCACUAGCGGACAUGCCAAAGCAUAAAUAUUUCUUCUCCUUUUCACUGAACAUAAAUAGUCUUCCCUCAUAACGUAUAGCUCCCUGGCUUCUCUGUGUUGUCCAGAGAAAUUUUCUGUGAUAAGCCCUCCUCAGUAUGACUGCCCCUGGACUGAUAAAGUAUCAGUGUCGUCCUGACAGCUGUUUGCCUUUAGCUUUUGCUAUAUUUUUUAUACAGACUGUAAGUACAUUUAUUAUUCAUGGAAUAAAAAUAUGAUCUUGAGCAAAGA